AUGAAAGGCAAGAAAGCAUUUCACAAAUUAUCGUCUGCUGAAAGGGGAGCCUUAAUCACUAUUGUGACUUGUAUGUCAGCUUCAGGUCAAUUCAUUCCUCCAUUAAUGAUGUUUCCAAGAAAAAAUAUGAAAGCCGAACUACUUAAUGGAGCACCUCCAGGCACCAUUGGUUGCAUUCAGGGUUCCGCAUGUGGCCCCAUUCUGUGGAACAUCAUCAUUAACGACCUCCUCAACAACAUCGCUCUACCGUCAGGAUGCGCAAUACAAGCCUACGCCGAUGACGUCCUUCUGAUUGCAUCGGCAAAGGAUCUACCAACUCUAGAAUACGCCGUUAAUACAGCACUCGAGAAUAUUCGCCUAUGGGGAAAUAGCACGGUAGCAAACACGAGAACGGCUCUACAGGCGCUUCUUUUGUGGUAUACCGCCCCCUUGAACGCACACACAAAACACGUCAAACUUCACCACACCAGCUCUGUAUUUCAAGCAGAGCUUGUCGCUAUCAAACACAACAAAAACAUCAUCCACACAGACUCACUCUCCUCAAUCUCUGCCCUCAAACAGAGCAACAACACACACCCCACCGUGACAGACAUACACAAAACACUUCACCAAAUCCAUUCCACUCACACUCACAACAAUAUACUCUUCAGCUGGGUGAAGGGGCACUCGGGUGUCGAGGGGAAUGAAGCAGCAGAUAAAGCCGCUAAUAAGGCCGCAAGCGCUCAUAAAGCACCAGAUUUCAUUUCAUGCCCCAUUUCUUACAUCAAGAAAAUGAUCAAAGAUGAAACAUCAGUAACUUCCCAAACUAGAUAUUCUAACGAAAGUAAAGGGGCCCACACCAAAAAUAUAUUCUUUCUUCUCACCGACAUUGAUACGUUCUUUAAAGCCAUUCCCGUUUCGUUCCAAAUGACGCAAUUCCUAACAGCCCACUCUUAUGCAAAACAUUGCUUACACCGAUUCCACAUUUCCGACGACCCCUUCUGUCCUUGCGACAAUACCUCCAAAGAGCUAUUUAGCUCUUGA